AUGUUUGCGGGAAUGAUGCCGUCUAGUGGACGGGUCACCGUGCCAACCGGCUUCAGCCCACCGCGAGAUAUUCCAACUGCGGAGAGCAGUGACAAUAUCGAUCUCGAAACCAGCACACAGGCCGCCUUGGAAGAAUGGGCCGCCAUCCGGCGAGCCUUUGAGGUCUUCAAGUCCAAGCUGGGCCAGGACUUUGAGCCGAUGAGCCCCGAGUUCGAGCCGCCUCAAGCCACACCAUUUGGGCUGGCGCUCACAUACCGCACGUACAGCAUUGCUGGAAUCUGGAUGAACUACUACAUGGGCAUGGCUGCAAGGUCAACAGCCGGCUACGCAAUUGAGAUUGGUCGAAUCGCCGCCGGUCUCGCUGAGGACUCUGCUACCGUCUCGGCUAUCAGCACCCUAGUCGGAGCUGCUUUUAUUGAGAGCUGCUUCUGCCUCUUUGUUGCUGGAGUCCAAUAUCAAGAUCCCGUCCAAAGACACUGGACCAUCAGACGUUUGCACGACAUUGCCCGGCUGACUGGGUGGCAAUCCGCGAGGCAGAUUGCUAAUGGGUGCGAGAGCGCAUGGAGGAAAGCAGCAGACCUAGGGCACGGGCCGGGAUAUGAGAGAGAUCCUAACUUGACCGCUGAGGAGCACGAGUCCGUGUGGGCGAAUCCACGGCGUAUUGACGCGAGGAUUAAGGAACUGAGUGGGGACGAAGACAAGCUGGUGUUGGCCAAGUCUGAGAGAGCACACUACGCCCUUGGACUGUUGAGUGUUGAGCAGGAUCUAGAAAAGCUGGUUUUACAAGAACGCGGUUGA